GACCUGUGAUGUGUCCGGCUGUAUGGUGAGGAGGAAAGCGUUAUGUGAUGAACUUGCGGUGUAGAGGAGUGCGGCCUGUGAUGUGUCCGGCUGUGUAUUAUAGAGGAGUGCGGCCUGUGAUGUGUGCGGCUGUGUAUUAUAGAGGAGUGCGGCCUGUGAUGUGUGCGGCUGUGUAUUAUAGAGGAGGGCGGCCUGUGAUGUGUCCAGCUGUGUAUUAUAGAGGAGUGCGGCCUGUGAUGUGUCCGGCUGUGUAUUAUAGAGGAGUGCGGCCUGUGAUGUGUCCGGCUGUGUAUUAUAGAGGAGUGCGGCCUGUGAUGUGUCCGGCUGUGUAUUAUAGAGGAGUGCGGCCUGUGAUGUGUCCGGCUGUGUAUUAUAGAGGAGGGCGGCCUGUGAUGUGUCCGGCUGUGUAUUAUAGAGGAGUGCGGCCUGUGAUGUGUCCGGCUGUAUAUUAUAGAGGAGUGUGGCCUGUGAUGUGUCCGGCUGUUUGUUAUAGAGGAGUGCGGCCUGUUAGGUGUCCGGCUGUUUGUUAUAGAGGAGUGCGGCCUGUUAGGUGUCCGGCUGUUUGUUAUAGAGGAGUGCAGCCUGUUAGGUGUCCGGCUGUUUGUAAUAGAGGAGUGCGACCUGUUAGGCGUCCGGCUGUGCGGUGUAGAGUAGGAGGACGGUCCGUGAGGUGUCCGGCUGUUUGUUAUAGAGGAGUGCGGCCUGUUAGGUGUCCGGCUGUUUGUUAUAGAGGAGUGCGGCCUGUUAGGUGUCCGGCUGUUUGUUAUAGAGGAGUGCGGCCUGUUAGGUGUCCGGCUGUUUGUUAUAGAGGAGUGCGGCCUGUUAGGUGUCCGGCUGUUUGUUAUAGAGGAGUGCAGCCUGUUAGGUGUCCGGCUGUUUGUAAUAGAGGAGUGCGACCUGUUAGGCGUCCGGCUGUGCGGUGUAGAGUAGGAGGACGGUCCGUGAGGUGUCCGGCUGUUUGUUAUAGAGGAGUGCGGCCUGUUAGGUGUCCGGCUGUUUGUUAUAGAGGAGUGCGGCCUGUUAGGUGUCCGGCUGUUUGUUAUAGAGGAGUGCGGCCUGUUAGGUGUCCGGCUGUUUGUUAUAGAGGAGUGCGGCCUGUUAGGUGUCCGGCUGUUUGUUAUAGAGGAGUGCGGCCUGUUAGGCGUCCGGCUGUGCGGUGUAGAGUAGGAGGACGGUCCGUGAGGUGUCCGGCUGUUUGUUUUAGAGGAGUGCGGCCUGUUAGGCGUCCGGCUGUGCGGUGUAGAGUAGGAGGAUGGUCCGUGAGGUGUCUCAUGUAGAGGAGUAGGACAGUGGCUUGUGACGUGCUUGGUGUAGAGCAGGGCGGUAUACGUGGUGGGUGCAGCGAGUGGUCCCUUUCUGCACCACUGUGACAUUGUGCUUUUACUUCUGCUGCUCUU